UCACCGCUGAGGCCUCAGAGUCUCGCGAUAUUUGCGUUCGCCAGCCGGCGCGAACCUGGACGGGUUUCUGGCGGACGGUGUUUUGUCUGCUUGUUACCGAUUCCUCUCAGAUUCCCGGAACCUCCGGGCCCAGCAGCAUGACGUCUGCCUUGGAGAACUACAUCAACCGGACUGUUGCUGUUAUUACUUCUGAUGGGAGAAUGAUUGUGGGAACACUGAAAGGUUUUGACCAGACUAUUAACUUGAUUUUGGAUGAAAGCCAUGAACGGGUGUUCAGCUCUUCACAGGGAGUAGAACAAGUGGUGCUGGGGCUCUACAUUGUGAGAGGCGAUAAUGUAGCAGUCAUUGGGGAAAUAGAUGAAGAGACAGAUUCUGCACUCGACUUGGGAAACAUCCGAGCAGAACCUCUGAACUCCGUAGCACACUGAAAACUCAGUGUGUAGUGAGAUGUCUGUAAAUCCUGUACAGAAACGUCUUAUUCUGAGAAUGCUGUUUAGAUUUUUUUAUGAGUGUAUAAUUGUGGAUUUUUGACUUCAUGUUGGUACUCUGUAAUAUGUAAUUUAAAUAUUUCUACAUUUUUAUUGGGAAACAUUGCCUAAAUUAAUAAUAAAUGUGGUUGCCUGGUUUAUUUUUCUACCAAAUGAUACAAAAAUCUAAGGAUCAUUUUGAAAACUUAGAAAAUGCCAUUACUUUUGGUAAUUUAAUAUUUAUGGGAAAUUGGCUGUAAAGAGAACUUAGGCUAUUAUUGUAACUUAUACAUGCAAAUAAUAGUAAUAAAACACACAUUGCCUUUU